GCGCCAGCUGCCGCGCCAAACAUGUAAUCUACGGUACAUACACUGUCCAGCUCGCUCUAUCCACCGGGUUUGUGCUUCGCCUGGGCGCCGGCACUGCUGGCCAGGGCCAAUGGCAGAGUCCCGAUAUAGCUUCUGUACUCGACACUCCCGUACUUUCAGCCGGCGAUUCGACGACGUGCAAGAUGCUGCGCUGACCCCUUUAUCGACGAGGAUUUGACUGAAUUGAUUGAGAUUAUUGUUUGGGACAGCUCUCUGGAUCGACACUCUCACCUGGGGUCAGGAAAUUCGAUUAAACCAUGGCUGGAGCACUGUCACCUGAAAAACUGACCGAACUGAAGCAGAUUAUUCAUAACCAGCUCAAUCAGAUGGAUGUCCAGACGCGCAUCCGAGACAUUCUAUCCGAAUCCCUACAAGAUGAUGGAGAAGGGACUGGGUUUGGAGAGACAGAGCUCCUGGAUGCGGUCCGCCAACGAGGCUUGGUCGAGGAGAUCAUGGCAAGGCUGGAAAUCGGUGGAGAAGGAAGGAGCAGUAUUGGGGCAAAGGUCGUGGGUCAGCCUUCUAGGGGUCAAGUCAAGAAGCCAGCUACUCACUUUCUUGAUAAGGAGGGCCCAUUGACUUCAGUUCCCCUGAAGAAAGCCAACAUAGACCCAACUCGACGCCAAUUGUACCUCCAGAUCCAUGGUGGCAAGGCAUUCCUGGAGCACUUGCAGGAACCAGAGGCCUUGCCCGGUCAAACCACGUCAAACUUCUCAAUCCACAUUCACUUCAGGGGUCAGAGGUUCAAAUCAAGACCGGUCCCUUGUGCCUGCGAACCAGACUUUCAGGAGGGUUUCGUACUCGAGGUGCACAGGUGGAGUGGAGGAGAUGCUGCAAGAAUGGCCGAUGCUGGAACCCUCCUUUCACUUGCUGAACCCAUCCACAUGGUACUCGUCAAGACGGAUCCUUCGGGAGAGACGUCUCUCUUGUCAUCACACUUUCUUGAGUGGAGAACUGUUCUUAGCACCCCUACCGGCAGUCAGAACAUUCCUGUCGAACUUUUAGGUGUAGGUUCUGAGUCUAAGGUUCCAGUGGGUAUUCUCGAAGUCAAGUUAGAAUUGCUGCCUAAAAUGGACCAACUCCUGACUGACGAAGUUGUUGCUACUCAGAUAUCGUUGGAGAGAAACCGAAUCGCUGAGCGAGAGCGACUGUUCUUGGUAUAUGCCAAGCAGUGGUGGAGAGAGUUCUUACAAAUCAGACCUACUCAUCAGAACAGACUAGUCAAAAUAUUUGCUCAGGAUGAGAAUGGUGUGAACAGACCGGUGUGUGCCUUCGUGAAGCCAAUGCGUGGGGGACGUCUCCUCGACUCAGCCCGUCAUGCAGCCCGCUUUGUCAGUAUCAUAGGCUAUGAGAGAGUAUCUGCUGUAGGGGGUGGCCAAUCUAGAGAGAUGUGGAGUAGUGUCCAUUCCUUCCUUUCCAAAAACAAAGGGGACUGCGAGGAUCAUGCUGUUUUACUGUGUAACUUCCUUCUGGGAUUUGGUCUCAAUGCCUUCGUUUGUGUAGGCACAAAGGGCAAAGGUCAGGCUCAUUCUUGGGUCAUGACCUUGGGGUCAGAUGGCCUGGUCACUUUUUGGGAAAGCUUGACCUGUCAGAGGUAUAUUCAUCAACGAGUGAAUCCAAAUGAUCCCCCAUCAGUAGAACAACCUAGACCACAGUACCCUUACAGGACAGUGGGCUGCAUCUUCAAUCACAAGAACUUCUUUGCCAAUUGCCAGCCAUCUGAUAACGUUGACCUGUGUUGUUUUGAUCUGCAAGAUUCAUCACUCUGGAAAGCUAUGAGUGCUGAUGCUCUAGCAUCUGUCUGUGCGUCAUCAAGCAAUACUCAUUGGCCUAACAGCCCACCAUUGGUACCAUCCCAUCUGGAUUCAUCACUGGUUAGCAAUGAACUGGAGCUGCAGCUUAGAGCUCUCACCAUGGACCACAGGAAGGACCUUGGAUUGACAAGUGUGUGGGAUGAAGAGCUAAGCUACCUGCUGAAUCCUGCUUUAGCGUCUUACGAGACAGAGAGAAUGACGGGAUUGUCUACAGGAAAUGAGGAGUUCCAGCAAGCCAUCAGACUGGCUGUUCCAGAUGGACAUACCUUCAAGGGUUUUCCUAUUCAGUUUGUUCAUCGAAACGCAAGGAGGGUAUUCUCCUUGUGCCUCAGAUCACCUGUCUGUGAAGAAAUCAUCUGUUGCCGUGGUGACCAUGUAAGGCUGGCUGUGCGGGUUCGAACUUUCACCUAUCCAGAGUCCGCUUGUGCAGUCUGGGUGAUGUUUGCCUGCAAAUACAAGUCAGUUCUCUAGAUGACAAGUCAUCCUUUCAGAGCAAGAAAAGUGUUCCCUCAUAGCAGGCAGAGAAAUAUUUAUUUUAUUUAUUUUUAGAUGUAUUUAUUCAUUCAUUUUCCAAUCCUUUUCCAAUUCUCUUGUUUC